GAGAGACUUCAAAGAAGUGUGACUGGCUCAAGGUCACCCAGCAGCUGCAUGUGGAGGAGCGGAGACGUGAACCCGAAAGGUUGGAGACCCUGGCUAUAUGCUAUACCCUUUCACUUUGUGGUGUUAAUCGGAAGGGUGGUCACCACCUUCCCCUCUGCUUACAAUUGCAGGAGCACCCACUGCACCAAAAUGAAGUCCUUCUACCACCCCAUCCUGCUAUGACUGCGCAUAUGACAGGAUAGUUGAAGGAAUGUAUAAUCCGUAUUAAGGGACAUUGAGUGUGGUCUGUAUGCUUGUUUCUGUAGAAGAUAGAUCAGGAAUGGAGAGAGGAAAUGUUGAAGUUCUGUCCCAAAAUCCGAACCACAAAUUGACUGGGUGGAACAAGAGAAAAAUCACAGCUUUUCUUUGGGUUCUGAACACCAUGCAUAGAAACUGCCAGCAUAUCGAUCACCUAUGGAGACAAUACCUCCUGCUGCUGCUUGUCGUUUGGGGGAGCUCUGGGACAGCCUCCUGGCACCAUCUCGCUUGCCUCCCCAUGUCUGCCUCUACCCCACACCCCGUCCUCGGCUUCUGGGAAUCGCUGCGAAAAGGCACCGGAUGCACCAGCCGGGGCCGCUCUGCCCUGGGGCAAGAAGUCCAUGUCAUCAGCCUGAAGAAGGGAUUGCCGGCAAAUGGCCAGGUAACUCUGAUAACUCUGGACCCAGAUCCCCUCGACAGAGCCCCCAUCUUUGUGCUGUAUUCCCAGAAGCCUGUUCGUUGGGUGUUGCUGUCUCCCCCUGGAAAAAACUGGACCUUCCAGGUCUCCCCCGGCUCUAAUGUUUCAGCCCCGGGGCCAGUGGCUUCUGCUGAGACCAACUUACCAAAGACGCCCAAACGCCUGCUGAAGUGGGCGCGGAGGGAGCAUGGAGGGGUCACCUCUCUGGCUGAAUACCGUGGAGUCAACAGAAUCUACACACGCCUGGGGGCUGGCAUGGGCAAUGAGGAUAGGAUUGCCCCAGCCGCUUGCAGAUUAAGUAGGAAUUUCCUGACCCCGGUGCACUUUGCCUCCAAGUGCCAACUCCAGCCUCUGAGAGUUUGCCUGCAUCCUGACCCUCCGCAAGUCCUUGAAGUUCACAUCAUCCUCUCCAAAGGAGUUGCACCAAGCCUGCUCUCUUCUAGGCCCACCCUGGCUCAUUUGACUGUGGAACUUCAUGCUGUCCGAAGGCCCCCCCACUGGGGACUGAUCUUGAUACUGAAGAGUGAGGGAGCUGCUGAGUGGAUGGUUCACACCCACCGCCUCACUGGCCGGCUGCAUGUCCUGGCUUCGCACAAAGUCACCGUCAGCAGCACAGAAAUGGAUCUGCCUCUGACUGUGACCCAGCGGACGUCCCCUCGGCUGACGACCCUCGACCCUUUGCAGUUUGCAAUGGAACAGAAUCUGCCUGCCUUUACGUCCUACGUUGAGGCUGAGCGGGUGAACAGGUUUCUCCUUUUUGUUGGGAUGAAUGGGGCCACACCUCCUCUAGAAGAGCCAACACUCUUUUGGCCCAUAUUUCUGCAUCCUCCCAGUUUCACAGCCUCUCAACAGGACUUUGCAGAAGCCAACACAGCUGGCUGGGAGGUGACAAGGCAAGACUUUGGGGGAGAGGAUGGUUCCGUUACCUACCCACCGUCUACAGCCAAAACAGAGGGGACAGAAUCUGUCUUGUGUCUUGGGGACCAGAAGCCUAUUCUUGAAAACCAGGACACUCAGAGAGUCUCCUGUGUUUCACCUUCUCCAACCCAGAUAUCUCCCUCAGAAGCUGCAACGGCCUUUCAGGAUCCCCACCUUCACCUUGGCAAUGCCCUCCUUAACCUAGAGCUCUACAACACAGAGGCUUUUGCCAAGCAACUUGGACCUUUUGUCGUCUCAGCCAACAGCCUCGUCUUUGUGGAGGCUUCCUUGGCAACCUAUGACUCGUCUCUCAGCUUCACCAUCCAGAAGUGCUUCAUCUCUAGCUCCUCAGAUGCCUCAGAGGCCUCGGUGUAUCUGCUGGUCCAGCAUGGCUGUCCCGUGGCAGCCGCCCAAGUCAGGCUGUGGAAACCCGAGCUGCCAGGCCAGGCCCAGGCGUUGCCUCUGGGGUACCAGGAACGCCAGCGACUGAGCUUUGUGUUGAAACCCCGGUCCAAUGCCUCCAUCCACUUCUUGCACUGCCAUCUGACCCUCUGCAGCAGGGGGUCUCCGGACCCCACCAGACCCGAGGUCGCAGUCCCCAAGUGUCGGUCUGAGAACGAGGCCUGCAGCGGAGAAGAGGAGGCGGUCCCAAGCCGCUUCCAGCGCACCAUCACAAAGCCUAUGCUAGUGACUGUGGAGACUCCGCUCCGAGCUGCCUUUCCUGGCCCGAAACCAGCUAAUGUCCCAGACAAACAAGGAAAAGCACCAAAGGAUGCAGCCCACAAGCGGAAGACUCAGGUAGUCCGAACUGCAGCUGCACCAGGCCAGACGGUCCCCGCAGUAAUUGGGAUAGCUAUUGCAGCCUUCCUCAUCGGCAUCUGCCUCACUAUUGGGCUCUGGUUCAUUUACACCUAUACAGGUGAGUCGGCUUCCGGGAGGAGGAGCCAGCCUGCAGCUGAGACAGACCCUGUAGGACCAUCUGCUCCAAAGCGUGAAGACACUUUGUCAGCUCCAGCUGCAGCUGGCCCUGCACGUCGCACGUGGUGCUCUACCCUAAGAAGCCUCUACCGAAGAAGGUUCUAGGAUGUUUUUCCUGUGACCAAGCACCUGUUUCGGUGAAUCCGCUUGCAUUCCCCCGUACCAGCAACUCUUUCAGGCCACAACAUCUUUAUGGCUUCAGUCCAGCAGCACAACCGAUUCUGAAUCAAUACCUUUCGACACUGGAAAACCUCAGACUUUAAGCUUUGGCUUAAAUAAGCAAUUGUGUUUUCUGGCAGUUGUAUGGGAUUUUCAUUGCUUUGGGUAGCUGCCUGGAGAGAGCUGUGCUGCUUCUUCAUUGAGUUUUGCUCUUCGUUUCUGCAUUGCUGAGUGUGAACUAAAAGGCAAACUCAGGCUCAAAUCUUUGCAGAAUGUUUGCACUACUGCCCCUCACCUUUGGGGAAGCUGUUAGCUACCAUUGUGGCCUUGCAAUCGCUCUUAGGCCUGCUUCAGCACUUUGGAAGAAGAAAACCAUUGUUGCAUUUGGCUGACGUUGCCAUUGGGGAUUUGAUUGUUGCAUCCUAUCUGACUAUAGUAAUACCUUGUACUCUCUUUGUAGGAAUGUUAUUUUGGGAUAUAAAUGCUAGUUUUCAUGCCAUUGCCCAGCUUCACAAGGAAACAAAGCUGAUUGCUCCACAAAACGAUUCAAAUUCUGAAACCUUUUGGGUCUUUUUUUUUAGUUAACCACCUUGCAAAUGAUAGUUUCUCCAGUUUUAUUAAACAGAUGUGCAAUAGAGUUGCUGAGGCUCUUUCAAUAGGCAGUCAAGUGCCCCCAUUGCCUUUAAACACCACUUGUUCCCUGCUUUGUCUACAGAAGCCUGAUUCAAUAGGAUAGACAACUGGAACGUAUGUACUUGAGAAUUUGGCUGGAGACAGAGUAAACAGCCUCUAAAUCUUGUGUGUGAUCUUAAGUGUGGAGAGAAAAGGUGAAUGUUGCUUUUGGUAUAUUUUC